AUGUCGCAGCUGAAGAAAUGGUCCGAUAUAUCAACUGAAUUGAUCAAGGAUCCUGACAACUUUUCAUUAUGGCAAAGACUAAUCGAAGCAGCAGAAUACAAUGAUAAACAAGGGAUAUGCAAAGCGACACCAAAAACACAGCUACUGAUUCUUCGGACUUCGUAUGUCAAGUUCUUGGAAAAAUACCCAUUUAUGUACAAGUAUUGGGUUCGAUUGGCAGAAUGGGAAUUCAAACUAAAUGAUGACACUGAGAGAGCCAUACUAGUGUACCGACUGGCUUUCCAACAUCUACGAUACUGCAUAGAAUUAUGGUGCGCGUAUCUUCAGUUUAGAGUUGAUACCAUUAGUAACAAUGUUGAAGAGGUGUUGGGACUAUUUGAAGAAGCUCGAGGGUUGAUUGGAAACCAUUUUUAUGCAUAUGAAUUUUACAAUAUGUACUUGUCCUUUCUCGAGACGUAUUCGACCGAGGAAAAUGACUUUAAAAGAAAAUACUAUAUCUUGUUGAGGAUCGUUCUUGAAGUUCCAUUGUACCAUUAUCAGCAUUUUUACAGCAAAUACAUGAAAUUGAUCAAGGAUGUUGCAGAUCCACAAAAGGUUACUUUGAAAGACCUCAAAUACAUUGUACCGGAAAGAGAUUUACACAAGGAUCGCAAGAAAUUACUGUUGUCGUUGAAAAAGACCUUCACUGAUGCUUAUGCCACCAUUCAAUACAAGGUAUACGAAUUGUACCACUUUGAGAGGAAAUUUUCUCGACAGUACAACGAUGUAAAGUUAUUGUCUAGACAACAAUUGGAAGCAUGGGAAGAAUAUUUUGAGUUUCUUGAAUUAAAGAACUACUCACAACAGCUUAUUGAAAUGAACUACUAUAGAUAUUUGUACAUCUGUGGCAAUUAUCCUCGUUCAUGGAUCAACUUUGCCAAUUACUACAUAUAUCAUGAGAAAUAUAAUAUGGCGAGAUACAUAUUGUCGCGCGGAUGGCAAUAUUUGGGGAAUCAUGAGAUAUUGAUCAAACUUGUUGAUAUUGAGAUAUUUCUUAAGCAGUUUCAACGUGCUAAAGACCUCAUUACAAGUUAUCUAAAGUAUAGCAUUUCAGUCCCGAUUCCAAUAUAUGAAAAACUAAUCAAUGUUGAGCACAUUUUAAACAAUAGUGAUGAUCAUUUGUUAGAUUUGUUCAAGGAAGUCAUCAGCGAGACUCGAAAUGACUGGUUUUUUAGUGUUUUGACUUAUUAUAGUAUUGACAAGCAGAAGAAAUUAAAAUUCAUGGAAGAAAUGAGUGAGUUUAAAGAUCAACAAUUUUAUAAAAAAGCCAUGCAAGUGUUGCUGUAG